CCACAGUGACUCCAAGAUCUCUUUCUUGAGUGGUAGCAGCUAAUUUAGACCCCAUCAUUUAAUAUGUAUGGUUGGGAUUAUAUUUUCCAAUGUGCAUUACUUUGCAUUUAUCAACAUUGAAUUUCAGCUGCCAUUUUGUUGCCCAGUCACCCAGUUUUGAGAGAUCCUUUUGUAGCUCUUUGCAGUCUGCCUGAGACUUAACUAUCUUGAGUGGUUUUGUAUCAUCUGCAAAUUUUGCCACCUCACUGUUUACCCCUUUUUCCAGAUCAUUUAUGAGGAUGUUGAACAGCACUGAUAUGAUAUGUUCUGAUCAGCAGUAAGACACCCAGUAAAGAACACCUUUCUUCUGAUUCUACCCACACCUCCAAUAAUAUCGACAUGGUGCUGUUUUGUAAUCCCAGCAAGACAAGACAGGACAUGGCAUGCCAUGUCAACUUGCUGCCUUCUGCCUCGCACUUGAUAUCACGCUGAAGGCCUGGAAGGUUUUCAGACUGACACACCCUUGUGAGGUUUGGUUAUUUAAUUCUUGCCUCUGUUUGCUUCAAGUUUCAUCACUCGACCCGAUGAGAAAGCAGAGACGCCCAAGCUUGAGUCACACGGGGCUCCAAAUUAGCAAGAUUUAUGUGCCUAAGAAGAGUGGGUGCUGGAAAAAUGACAUUACCUUUGAAUGACAUCUGACUGGACACCACAGAGCAUGCAAAACCAUGCCCUUCUUGGUCAUUACAUUGAUUGCUUCAGGGAAAAAGUUGACUGUGAAACCCUUAACAAACAUCACAUCCACCACAAUCUCUCCACUGCCGAGAGGACAGCUGUACAGUCCCGGAAAUCUAAGGACCAGAUAGCCAUCAAAUCAGCAGACAAAGGGGGCGCCACUGUAAUCCUCAGUUGUGAUGACUACGUUAAUGAGGCCAACCGACAACCCUCCAACACCACCGACUAUAAAGAACUCAGAGACGACUCCAUACCAGAAUUUACCCAGAAAAAGAAGUUGGUCCCAUGAAAGAUAUUACCUCACCCACCUUAUCUCUUUAAUCGCCUUUAGGUGACAAGCAUAUUUUCCAAGUGAGCUAAUGGCUCUAUGUGGAAAAUCAUCAGAAACAUGGAUAUUCAGUGGGAGAGAGAAAUAGGCGAUGAUGGAGAACAGCAAGUUAGAUGGUCAUUUGCAAAAGAAUAGGGCAUGAAAAUUUGCCAGAGCAUUUUUGGGCUGUAUGUGCAUUGGCAUCUGGAGAAACUACUGCUGAUAUCAUGAUUCCAUCUCAGAAAGAUAGAGCAGAAACAGAAGGGUGAAGGGACAGGCCAAGAAAAUUAUUAGAGGCUUGUGAUGACUGAGUAGCUGCUCCUCAGCUGGCGUAAACUGGCAUAGCUCCACUGACUUUACUGAAGUUAUGACAAUUUACACCUAUUGAGGAUCUGGCCCUUGGGCCUUGCAGUUCAUUGAGAAGGGCUGAUAUGAUAGAGUUAUACAAAAGAAUACCUAAGACAUAGAAGGUCAGUGAAGAACUUCUAUGUACCGUCUGGCAUACUCAGAGCUGGCGAAUAUUUUGCCAAUAAAAAUGUGUUUUGUCUAAAUUUGGUCCUUUUUUCUGCAAACACAUUUCAUUUUUUUGAAAUUUGCAAACAAAAGUGUAUCCAUUCACUGUUCUCCAGAAGUGUUUUCUUUUGAUUUCAAAUUGUUGGCACUCAGUUUUGAUUGGUCAGUUCGGUCACAUGGCAGGAUUUUUCUUUCUUUAAUCAACACAAUUUAGUCUUCAAAAGUUGAAAGAGAAACACGUAGUGUUUGGAAAUGUCUGAUUGUGAAAGCAAGGUUUUUCAUUAAAAACAAAAGUCACUGAAAAGUCAGAAAAUGCAAAAAACAGAUUGUCAGAUACCCAAUGGGAAAACACAUGCUUUCAAAUUGUCCACAUUUCUUUAAAAAAAAAUCUAUAUUUUCUACUUAAUUCCUUCACUCCUUGCAUUUCCCUCAAUGGCUGUGAGCAUGCUGACACAAGAAUGGUUUGAAGAAAAUGUAACAAAAGAAUGAAACCCUAAACUCCCCGCCUAAUUAAAAACAAAUUCUCAUGGGCCUUCCCUAGUCUGAGAUCCAAACCUUUCAUGUUGUAGGACAUAAGCCAAACACUAACUGAAGGGAUCAGGCAGAAACUUCCCUUUGGGGGAGGUUAUUUUUGUCUGCUAUAGGUUUAUUUGCCCCUUCCUCUGAAGCAGUGAGCAGUGACCACUGUUGGACCCAGGAGGAUGUUGGCUACACCACUGGGUAGAGUCAGUCUGGCAAUUCACAUGCUCCUUUGUAAAACAGGAAAAUCAGGGAGGGGAAAUUCCAGCUGGAUUCUUAACAUGACCAGACUCCUUCCCACACACCCACACUCAUCAGCCUUGUGUUGUGCUCCAUGUGACAUCCCAAACCCUAAAAUUACCAUCGCCAUAGUAACCUAAAACAAACACCACCGAGCUAUAAAACCUGUCCUGGUGCUGGUGGUGCGGCUGCCCUUGUGCGAAGACUGUAGUGAAGAUGAAGGCUUUUCUUUUCACCCUGCUGGCUGCAGUCCUGUGCGUGGAGCGAGCGGCCUCCUUGUGGUGCUACACAUGUAGUGACGAGCCCUCCAACUGGAAUUGUGUUACAGCGACUAAGUGUGCAGACACUGACAAAUACUGUCUCACAAUAUACGCAACUGGAGGGAUCGGUGAUAAAAAGGGGCAUCGCAUCACCAAGAAAUGCUCCCCGGUGUGUCCCCAAACAAACCUGAACCUCGGGGUAGCCGCCAUCUCUACCUCCUGCUGUGAGCAUUCCUUGUGCAACAUCAGCGGGGCCAGCAGCGUGAAAACCAGCUACACAGUGAUGGCCACGGGCAUCCUGGCCAGUCUCAUCUACGUCCUCAGAACAGGACUGUGAUGGGGCCAGAAAAAAAAAGAGGACUUGCCAUCCCAAAGAACCAACUUGGGCUUCCUCAGAGAGAUACCAAAAGCCUUCUGUGCAAAGUUGCCAUCCGAGUUAUCACUGCCCUGUCUCUUCUGUGUCACCUCAGAUCCCCUCAGCAUAGGGUAACCAGAUGUCCCGUUUUUAUACGGACAGUCCCGUUUUUUGGGACUUUUUCUUAUAUAGGCACCUAUUACCCCCCACCCCCUAUCCUGUUUUUUCACAGUUGCUAUCUGGUCACCCUACCUCAGCAAGUAGUUUCUGUCUAAUUUUCUACAGUGCUGUACCCUGGGGAUAAGAGCACUGCCCUCCCUCACCAGGGGGUUGUGAGGAUAAGUGCAUUAAAGAGGUUACGCUGAUGGAGGCUAGAUACACACUGAAGAUUUUAUCUAUCUAUCUAUAGUUAGUAGCUCCGCCUCCACCUUUUGUUUAGCAGAGCCAGAGUCACCUCCCACACACUUGGUGUUGAUGACUUGGGAUGCUCAGCAGAAUGGUGCUGCCUGCCGGCUCAGGGGAAAGGCACCAUAUAGCGCAAAGUACUAACACUUGUUCCACCCUCUGUCACAGGCCCUGUGUCAUUUUCCUCCUCAUUCCCCCAGCACUGUCUCUUUUCUGCCUCUCCUCACACUCACACCACGGACAGCUCGAGAGCCUUCUCCUCCGCAGCUCACUCACCAGAGCAGCCUCUCUGUGUCUUUGAACAGACCUUUACUCCCACGUCUGUCCCCUUACUACCUUUCUAAUAUUAGCCCCAAUGAAUGAAUGAGUGAAUGAAUGCAUGCUUGGCUGUAUUCACCUACACUUUGUUCCCAUUUCUUGUUCCUGUAAUUUUUCCCAUAUAAGCAUUUACUGUCUUGUAUUGCUUCACCCUGUGAAAGCCCAUUUCGAUACAUUUUGUAGGACAAAUGCUGGACAAAAUAAAGUGUUUUUUUAUUCUAC